AUGGAGAGACAAAGUGUUCAAAAUGAUAACAAACGAGAUCCGAAUAUCCAUAUGAAUACUCCUGAUCAAUCAUCUAUGUCGCAAGAUUCUACUGUGGAGUUGUGGACCACGACAGAAAAAUCUCAUCCUGAACAGGAGACAGUUCAUAUGAUACCACUGGAGAAACUUUUUCAACGCUUUCACACUAAUCCAACGACAGGUUUAGCAUCAAAUUUCAUACUAGAUGCUCGCACACAAUAUGGCGACAAUAAACUUACACCACCUAAACCACCAAAUUAUUUUUGGCUUUUAUUUAAACAAUUAUUUGCAGGUUUCAAUAGUAUUCUUUGGUUUGCUGGCAUUAUCGCUAUUCUAGCUUAUAAAUCAUUUGGUGCAAUUCAUCCAGAUCCAUCAAAUUUAGCAUUGGGUAUUUUAAUAUUUAUAGUCAUUAUUUUGAAUUCAAUCUUAAAUUCUUAUCAAGAAAUUAAAUCAAUUAAAAUCGUUACAUCAUUUUCAAAAUUAUUACCAACAUUAGCAACUGUUCGACGAGAUGGAACAGAACAACAAAUUCUUACUGAUGAAAUUAUUCCAGGUGAUAUUAUUCUCAUUCGAAUGGGUGAUAAAUUACCUGCCGACUGUCGUUUCAUUUCUUGUGAUAAUCUAAAAGUGAACACAUCAGAAUUAACAGGUGAAUCAAUACCAGUUUCGAUUACAGUUCAAUAUACUAGUAUCAAUUUUAUGGAAACAAGAAAUAUUGGAUUUUAUUCAUCAAUGGUCGAACAAGGAACAGGUGAGGCAGUUGUUAUUGCUACAGGUGAUAAUACUGUAUUAGGUAAAAUGUCAAAAUUAACUCGAAGAAGUACAGGAGAUGAAAUUACUGGUCUACAUCGUGAAGUGAAUCGUUUUAUUUUAUUUGUUGUACUUAUUACAUUAACGGGUAUUGCUGUCUUAUGGAUAACAUGGGGAGAAUGGUUGAAACAUCAUCAUCCUGGAUUUAUUUCGUACAAUGAUAAUAUCGUUAAUACGGUUGGUUUAAUCGUUGCUUUCUUACCAAUGGGAUUACCAUCUGCUGUCACAUUAGUACUAACUAUUGUCGCCAAACAAAUGUAUCGACAACAUGUCUUGGUCAAAAGUUUACAAAUUGUUGAAACAUUCAAUUCUGUAUCUGUUAUUGCUACUGAUAAAACAGGAACAUUGACACAAAAUAAAAUGACUGUAACUCAUCUAUUAUGGGAUACUGAUUGUAUUUAUGAUGUUCCCAUGCCUCAACGAAAAGCAGAAGUCGAAAAUACUUUCUUUCGAAGAAUUCGUGCUGUUUCAUUGGAUGCUAUUAAAAUGGCUCGUCGUCUAUCUGAUAGUGUGUAUAGGCUAGCACGAGAAUUAUCAUCCAGUAGUCGUGAUGAAUCUGAGUGUAUACCUUUGGUGGACAACAAUGCUGAAAAAUCUGAUGAACCAAGUGAAAUUCGAAUACAAGCAUUUCGUGAUCUAUUACUUGGUGCAGCACUUUGUAACGAUGCCGAUAAACAAAUAGCAAAAGAUGUUGAAUUCGAUCAUAAUAAAAUAGAAACGAAAUUGAAAUUAAAACUUGUUGGUGAUGCAGCUGAUACAGCUCUCUAUCAUCUUUGUGUUGAUCAAUGUUCUGUUGAUAUUAAUAAAGUACGAAAUGUCAAUCCACGUUUGAAAGUUUUACCAUUUAAUUCAUCAAAUAAAUUUAUGAUCUCAGCUAAUCAACUUGAAACAUUAGAUUUUUCAAUAUCAGAAAAAGAUCGUACUGUUUUAAUAAUUUUGAAAGGUGCACCUGAUAUUGUUAUUCAACGAUGUUCAACAUAUAAAACGAACGAUAACGAAAUUUUGUCAUUAGAUUCUGAAGUAAAAAAUGCAUUAUUUACUCGACAAGAAAAAUUAGGUGAAAACGGUUAUCGUGUUAUGGCUAUGUGUCAACAAAAACUUUCUCGGCAACAAUAUGAUAAUAUGAUGGAGAAAUAUAACGCAAGGAAAGGAUCAUCAGUAUCCGAAGAAAAUGAAGAUCUAAAUGGAUUUCCAUCAAAUGAUUAUUGUUUUAUUGGUCUUUUCUCCUUACUCGAUCCAUCUCGAUUGGAAGUACCUGAUGCGGUUUUAAAAGCUCGUCGAGCACAAAUUCGUAUAGCUAUGAUUACUGGUGAUCAUCCAACAACAGCAAAAGCUAUCGCAAAACAAGUAAAUAUUUUUACAUCUGAUAUUACAGAUACAAAUGGUAUCGAUACAUUUAAAGUAGAAAAAAAUGAGGAUGGAAAAUUUAUUUUUAAUCUAUAUCGAAAUGAUAAAUUAAUUGAACAAUAUGAACCACAUACAAAGAAAAAAGAUGAUUUACAAUCAAAAAAUAUUAAACAUUUGACAAAGCAAAUAUCAACCGAAUUCGAUAAAUAUGAAACACAAGAAAAACCAUGGUAUAAACGUGUAUGGUUAUCAUUUCGAAAUCGAUUUAAAAAAUCAGAAAAUGAAAUUGAUCUGACAGUUAAAAAAGAAUAUAUUCCAUAUGCUAUUAUUAUUGCCGGUACUGAAAUAAAUUAUAUGGAUGAUUUUAUGUGGGAUUGGGUAUUAUCACAUCAAGAACUUGUUUUUGCACGAACAUCACCAGAACAAAAAUUAUAUAUUGUAAAAGAAUUUCAACGACGUGCUGAAAUAGUUGCUGUAACAGGUGAUGGUACGAAUGAUGCACCUGCUUUGAAAUGUGCUAAUCUUGGUGUUGCUAUGCAAUCAGGUACAGAAGUAUCAAAAGAAGCCGGUGAUAUGAUAUUAUUAGAUAAUAAUUUUACAUCGAUUAUUCGAGCCAUUGAAGCAGGUCGAUUAUUAAGUGAUAAUUUGAAGAAAGUUGCUAUUUAUCUCUUACCUGCAGGUAGUUGGUCACAAAUUUGGCCAGUCUUUUUCUGUUUAUGGUUUGGUAUACCUUUGGCGUUGCCUGCUUUCUAUGCUACAGUUUUUUGUAUGCUUAAUGAUGUUUUUAUGUCACUUGCUAUGGUAGCAGAAAAAGCAGAAUGUGAUAUUAUGUCACGUCCACCUUCAAUACGUUCAAAAGAUCAUUUAUUAAAUUGGAAAUUACUUCUUCAUGCUUAUAUGUUUGUUGGUAAUUUAGAAUGUUUUACAGGAUUUUUUUGUUUUUGCUAUUAUUGGAUUGAUAAUGAUGUUCCUUUCUAUUCAUUUAUGUUUACUUAUGAGAAAUUUGGCAUUGAUCCUGUAACUCCAUAUUCCAUAGAACAAUUGACUAAAAUGACAUAUGUUUCUCAAUCAAUAUAUUAUUGUUCACUUUGUCUAUUUCAAUUUUUUAAUUAUUUUGCAACACGUACAAGAUAUGCUUCAAUUCUUGAACAUAAUCCAUUUUGGGGUAAAGGUCGGAAUUGGUAUGUGUUUGGUGCUAUGAGUAUAUCAGUUGGUAUUCAAAUUCUUAUAACAAAAGUUAAAUGGUUUAAUCGAAUUUUUCAUACGGCACCGGUACCAGUAAAAUAUGUAAUGCCAACAUUAGGAUUUGGUAUGCUAUGGUUAAUAAUUGAUGAAUUAAGAAAAUAUCUUAUAAGAAAAUUUCCAAAUAGUUUUCUUGCAAAAAUUGCUUGGUGA